AUGAACUUUCAUCCCUGCUUCUCUCCAGAAACCUGGGCACUCAUCGUCGUUCUCUUGGUCCUCCUUCUGCUCUACGGAAUCUGGCCCUACAAUUUCUUUAAGAAGCUGGGGAUCCCUGGGCCCCGGCCUCUGCCCUUUGUCGGGACGUUCCUUGAAUACCGACACGGGGUUAUCCAUUUUGAUGUGAAGUGUCAUCAGAAGUAUGGCAAGAUCUGGGGGAUUUUUGAUGGCCGACAGCCACUGCUGGCGAUUCUGGACCCUGUCACCAUCAAAACAAUCUUAGUCAAAGAAUUCUACACCAAUUUUACCAACCGCCGGAACAAUGGUUUGACUGGAGACUUAGAAGCAUCUGUAUUCUUGGCCCCAGAUGAUAAGUGGAAGAGGAUUCGCACCGUCCUCUCUCCCACCUUCACCAGUGGGAGAUUAAAGGAAAUGCUGCCCAUAAUCAACCAUUAUGGGGAGAUAUUGGUGAAGAACAUCCAGAAGGAAGUGGAGAACAAUGAGCCCAUAGACAUGAAAGCCCUUUUUGCAGUCUACAGUUUGGAUGCGAUGACCAGCGUUUCCUUCAGCAUUGACAUAGACUCCAUAAACCAUUCCAACGAUCCUUUCAUCAAGAACCUCAAGAAGCUGGCCACGGUCACUUUUGAAAAUCCACUGCUUCUCCUGGCUGUUGUAUUUCCAUUCCUUACACCAUUACUGGAGAAACUAAACAUCACCCUGAUACCUUCGUCUGUCUUGGAUUUCUUCACGGCGGUGGUGAAAAAAAUCAAGAACGACCGGGGAAAGAAUAAGCAUACGGAGCGCGUUGACUUUCUACAGCUAAUGUUGGAGGCCCAAAAUUCAGGAGACGUCUCUGAUGGCACAAAUUCAUAUAAAGCUCUGACUGACAAGGAGAUAUCGAUGCAGGCCGUAACCUUUAUUUUUGGUAGUUUUGAGACCAUCAGCAAUGCCCUUAACUUUCUGUCUUACUCCUUGGCCACCCACCCGGAUGUUCAGCAGAAGCUGCAGGAUGAAAUUGACAAGAUACUUCCCAACCAGGCUCCUCCCACCUAUGAUGCAAUCACUCAGAUGGAAUAUCUUGACAUGGUGAUAAAUGAAAACCUCAGGCUGUUUCCCCCAGCAGGAAGAAUUGACAGGGUUUGCAAAAACACUGUGGAGAUCAAUGGCAUGACCAUCCCCAAAGGAACUGUGCUCAUGAUCCCAGUUUUUGUCCUGCACCGUCUCCCGGAAUAUUGGUCAGAGCCGGAAGAAUUCAGACCUGAGAGGUUCAGUAAAGAGAACAAGGAAAACAUAGACCCGUACAUCUUCCUGCCCUUCGGAGCAGGUCCCAGAAUCUGCAUUGGGAUGCGCUUUGCUCUCCAGGCUUUAAAAGUGGCCACGGUGAUCCUCCUGCAGAAAUUCUCCUUCCGGACCUGCGAAGAGACGCCGAUACCUUUGGAAUUUAUCAGCCAGGUCUUCCUGAUACCAAAGAAGCCGAUCAAACUGAAGUUCGUGCCCAGAAUGGUUACUGGAUCUGAGGAACAGAAAAAUGGGAAACCGCAAAGAGGCCAAUAGGACAACUCUCCCUGUGCCCUACAUCCCAUGGAGACAGUUGAUUAAGUCAACAGCAGGACUGAGCACUUACAAUGG